GACUAUUAUUCCAGGAGCCCUAUUUAUAUGGUUAAAAGGAAAAACUGACCUCUCGACUCUUGGCGAGUUGUUUUUUUUCUUUUGCUCUCUUUUGUUGUUCACAAUGGACGAUCCGUUUUUUAAGUCGGCGUUACCUGCGCACGACUCCUCUGUGCUGGAUGACACCAGCCUGGCUUUGCCGGCCUAUCUGCGAUUCUCAACGCAGCCCGAUGAGGACCGGAACCAGCGGGUUCACCGGCAGGUUCAGCUCACAAUGUCCAGGAAGUCUAAAAAGACUCAGUCAAAUGGUGGUGUCUGUUCACAGAAAUAUGAAACAGCGAGCUUAAAUGAUGCAGAUGGACUUUUAACGAACACGAAGGUAAAUAGAUCGCCCUUCUCCAGUCACUCCUUCUCUGGCGACCAUGAGCGCAAACCAUCCAAGAGGCUGGAAGUGUCCCCUCAGUCAAUCCCAGAGCAACCUCAUAGGACCUUUAAAUGCAGUACUUAUUCUGGGAUGCCCACCCCCUCAGGACCAAGUCAUUCACCCAAAGUUGGCACUCACUUGGCAAAGUCGGCUUCCUUUCACCACCAUGUUUUUUCAGAUUUACCUCAUAGCACACAGAGAUGUGCAUACACACCUGCACGAGGGAACGUCCAGCAAAGGACGUUUAGACAGAUCUUAGGAUUGCAAUCUGUACCUGCAAAUGCUGCAUUUCGGAAGAAUGGAGAAUAUGGUUCUCAGUGGACUUACAGACAAAGUACUGUGAAACCAACUUUCACAAAAAAAAUGCAGAGAAGAAAUGGUGACACCAUGUUUAGUUCUAUCCAGCCUAAGGAUGGCAUGUUCGGGCUAAAGCAGAAGACGGAAAGGGGCCACCAUAAAUCCCUUAGAGUGAACUCAUACCCGCCCUCUGUCAGCAGUGUGGAGACGGAUGCUGGCAGGCGGGCAGCAACGCAGUUACCCAUUAAGCAGAUGCACGCGCAGAAUGUCACAAAACUGACGUCAGUAAGCAAGACUCAGAUGAUGACAAUGGAGAAGGCUGUGCAGCUUUUGACCCAGAAUGAAGAGGAAAAACUGAUCUUUGCAACCAGUUUCAUACAAAAUCAAUGUUUCAAGAGUGCCAUUGCUAGAGGCAAGAUUUGCCGUGUGAAUGGGAUUGAGAAGCUCAUGCGUCUUCUUAACAAUGACAGCGAAGAAGUGCAGCAUGCCACUGCCGGGGCGCUGCGUAAUGCUGUUUAUGAGAACAAUGAAAAUAAGCUUAAAGUUAAGGAAAACGCAGGCUUGUCUUUGAUUCCUACUGUACUGAAUAGCAGCCGUGAUAAGGAGACCAGGCGGCAUCUGACGGAUUUGAUCGGGGGCCUCCAGAUGGAUCGGCAUAAAUGGAAAACCUGGUGUGGUAGUGUUAUAAAUCUGAGUUCCGCAGGCCAAAAUGUCAGGGAAGCAAUGAGGAAUUGUGACAAUCUCAUCGAUUCUUUGAUCUACUACAUCCGGGGAACCGUAGCUAACCGUAAGAUGGAUGACAAGCCCACGGAGAACUGCGUCUGUAUCCUGCACAACCUGUCUUAUCGGAUUGAGUCAGAGCUUCCGAAGCAAAACGACCAGGUUCUCACAGAGUCUCGCCAAGACUUGGAUUCGCAGCCAAAGACUCCGGGCUGUUUUUCUUAUCGCAGUGCCAAGAUCACAGAGUAUGCAGUGCAUCAGCACCCCCUGCUGGAGCCCGAGCCCAACCCCAACCCCCAUGGCAUAGAGUGGCUGUGGGACACGAUCACUGUCAGGAUGUACAUAUCACUGAUGGCCUGCAGUACAAGUGACACCAUCAAGGAGGCUGCCCUUGGUGCUCUGCAGAACAUCACAGCUGGAAAACACGAGAUAAACAGAGGCAUCGCCGUUAUCAUUGUUCAGCGGGAAAAUGGUCUUGAGAAGAUUAAGGAAAUUUUAAACGGUGAAAGUAGUAAUCUAAAGAUACCUGCUGUAUCUCUAAUCAGAAACCUCUCACGCUACGAUCGACUUCACCCUGCCAUUGCAAAGCAGGUGUUGCCAGAGAUGGUGAAAAUGCUGCCCUUUGACAGCACCGACGUCAACCAGACUAGUGAGGUGACGAUUUCUCUAUGUGAAAUCCUGACUUACCUGUGCCAGAGUGAUGCGAAGAACGCCAACGCAAUAAUCGAAAACCGCGGCAUCGCAAAGAUCAUCAACAUCAGCAAGACAGACAAAGGACCCAGUCGUAUGCAAAAGGCAGCGUGCCUUCUGCUGCACGUAAUAUGGCAACACAAUAAAAUCCAUGAGACCCUCAAGAAACGGGGGUUCAAGAAAUACGAUUUCGUCAAUGCGAAGAUAAAAAGAGCUUUGAGCUCCUGAUGAAACUCAGCCGUGGAUUCAUAAACGCUAUCGGCGCAGUUUUCAUCUCAUCUGUAUGUAGCGACUGUUUUUUUUUUUUAUUGCUGUUGUUUUUGUUUUGUUGGGGUUUUUUGUCAUGCUACAACCAAACUUUGGAAACUACAUUGAAACUCUUUUUUAAAUGAUGGACUUUUUUUGGUUGUUUGUUUUAUAUUUGGAAAUCUCUCUCCAGCUAUUUGCCCUAAUGUUCGCAUUAGUUGGAUUCAUGUUAUCAAAUGUAUGUUUCUGAUACCACAAAAUGAAUGAGAUGUUUUAUUAAAAAAAAGAGGUAAACCUGCUGAUUCAUGAAGAACUGUACCACACUUUUUGUGACCUUUAAAGCACCUUUUAGUUGUUAAUAAUCCUUGUGUAGCAUAUCGUUGUUGUAGUGCCUUAUGAUAAAAAUGACAGAUGAAUGUAGAAUGUUUUUUUACAGCAGAAAAUGCACUAAUCAUAAGACACCUAUUGAAAUUUGAAGUAUUUCUUUCGGUUUAUGUUGUAUGGGUUUUUUCCCCCUCCUUUCCAUAACGGCAGCUUGUCAGUUUAUAAUAGUCGAUGUUUUAAGACAAAUUAAAUCUUUGAAAUGAAGAAGUUCUUUUUUAAGACAAACCAAAUGAAGCUGUACAUUAAAGAAUACAGAAUGCGCUCAAAGACUCAUUACUGGGACUCAAAUGCUUGUUAACCUGUUCUCUAUGUGAAAAUGCCUUGUUGAUGUCUGAGGAGAACAGACAGACUGCUUCGACCUGCACCAGGAGGCCGCAUCUGUCAGCUAAGAAUAGGAAACUGAGGCUACAAUUUGCACAUGCUGUCCUGCACGGGCAUCUCUGAAGGCAACCUGGUACUAGCAAGGUGUACAUCAUAAAGAAGAUAUUUCACACUAAAGGCCAAUUCUGAUACCAAUUUAUGGAGCUGAUAUGUGGUUAUUUUAGAGUUAAAAUGAGAGACCAACUUCUUAUGAAUGUGUUUUAGAGUACGGUCAGA